AUGCCAGGUACGCAUACAUUCUACGAUGGCUCGACUGUUUUACAGCCCAUUGCUGAUAUAAUCGGUCUUGAGGUUGAUAAGGUCAACUUGCUUUUGUGUCAGCUUAUAUCGUUACCGUUUGCAUAUUUCCAUUAUCAUAUGUUUACUUCGACUGCAGUUUCGCAAACAGUACGUAUUGCAUGUCCCACAAUUUUGGGUUUAAUGUUCUGUUACUUUUGUUUUGGAAAUGCAUUGAAACAUUUGAUAUUACUGGUUGGCUUGUCAUAUAUAAUUAUGCGUUUGUCUCCUCCAAGAAUUGUACACAAAUGCAUAUUUACAUUCGCUAUGGGUUACCUCGUUUUUCUACAUUGGUAUCGUUGGUAUGUAUUGACUGCUUACUAUCUCGAUGUUACCGGUCCAAUGAUGAUACUCGUUCAAAAAAUCACGGUGCUUGCCUUUAAUUUGCACGACGGGAAAGUAAAGAGAAGUGAGGAGUUAAAUGAUAUGCAGAAAAAAGAAGCCCUUAAAUCAGUACCUGAUAUAUUGAGCUUUCUGAGUUACAUGUUUCAUUUUCAAGCAGUAUUAACAGGACCAGCUUGCUUUUACACCGACUAUAUGGCAUGGAUUAAUGGAACAGCGGCUAUUGGUAAAGAUGGGAAGAUUGAGAAGCCAUGGCAUGUAGUAUUAAUCAAAUUAUUGCAAGCAGGGGUGUUUAUGUUAUUAUAUGUUUUUUUUGGUGAUCGUUUCACUCCUGACAUUAUCAUUGAUAAGAAAUAUAUGAAUCUGAAUUGGAUUCAGUGGAUAUUUGUAUUGUACAUUGUAAUGGCAUUUCAACGUGUGCCAUAUUAUGUUGCGUGGACUUUAGCUGAUGCAAUAUUUAAUUUAAGUGGAUUCGGGUUUAAAGGUUAUGAUUCAGACGGGAAACCUCAAUGGGAUUUAGUUUCCAACGUCAAGCCAUGGAAAGUGGAGACAGCGUUAAAUUUCAAAGAAACAUUAGAAGCAUGGAAUUGUUGUACGAUGUACUGGCUGCGACGUGUUGCAUAUGAUCGUGUUCCAAAAGGGUAUCGAACUUUAUCGACGUAUUUAUUAUCAGCAGUUUGGCAUGGCUUCUUUUUGGGUUACUAUGUCACUUUCUUGACUGGAGCUCUGUUCACUGUUUCUGCACGAACGAUACGUCGUUGUUUACGUUGGCGUUUCCAAAGAAAUGAAUUUCUGCGACGUUCAUAUGACUUGCUUACAUUGGUUGUAACCAAAAUUGUUCUCUCGUAUGCAACAUUUCCGUUUGUUAUGAUGCAUGUCGGUCCUGGUUUAUAUUUUUACAGUCGCAUGUAUUUCUGCUUGCAUAUAAUUGCUUUUCUUGCCUUGUUUGUCCUGCCACGAGUAAUGCCUCCAGAAUCAAAAUCAGUUCAAAGCAAAAAUGAUUGUGAUACAAAAAAAUUAACAUAA